AGUUUGAGAAUAGGUUGUUAUUGAUUUUUGUUGUUGUCAGGGGUGGUUGUGAGUGAGCUCGAAACAUUAGUGAUUUAGUGUGAGUUUGUGUGGUUAGUACUAGGCUAAUCGUUAUGGCUGUGAACGAGGGAAUGGAGAAAUGUGAAAUUGAAGUUGUUAAUCCAUCCAUUUUAAGUAAAAUUGAAAGCUUCUUCAAUGAUGCCACUUACAGAGAAACAAUUGAGAAUUCAGCGACUUAUAACACACGCUUGUGUAUUGAAAGAAGACUGCGAAUGCCAUUUCUUGAUUCUCAAACAGGCGUUGCACAGAAUCACUCAAAUUUGUUUAUGAGCUCCCGUGAACGAAUGCCUGGCCUUGUAGAAGGCCAGAUUUACACAUAUCCCUCAAAACGUUGGCGGAAAAAGCGGCGGCAAUAUCUUAUGAAUUUUAUGCAACCUCGGCGAAAAGAGGUUGACCCAGAGGCAGACUUGCACACUAUAAGCACUGUUGAGAAUCCAGCAGUUUGCAACAAUGAAGACAGCAAGGAAAGUGUCAGCUUAAAAGAUGAAGUAGUGAAGUCAACCACAAGGCAGGCUCCUCCCCAUCGACCCCGGGUGCCUGGCUAUCUCGUUCCAGAUAGCUCACCAGCUCUAUCUGAAGAUGCCCUUUGCAACUUGGGCAAAACACCUGGUGGUCUUGCAGCCAACUGCGCAUGGGAUAGCAACAUGAAAACCAGCCACAUACAAGAUGCUUGGUAUUAUGAUGAAUUGGAUAUGCAAGAAAUGGAAGCAUUUGAUGACCCGGAUCCUGACUCUGAUUAUGAUUAUGAAGAAUCAUAUACAAAGAGGAAAAAGAAGUCAAAGAAAGCUCCAAGGACAGGUGACUCACCAGCUGUGAAGAAACCAAAGGGUCAGGGAAGAGGUCGCAAGAAAACGAAUUAUGAUGCUGUCUCUGAUGCUGAAAAACCAUUUGCCUGUGAACUGUGUGGAGCGCGGUACAAGACCCGACCUGGGCUCACGUACCACUACACUCACUCUCACAAGGAUGAGGAGAGCGGAGAUGCCCCUUCGACGCAGGCACAGGUGCCUCUUCAGGGAGGGGGCCAAAGCCCAGUUGUGGGCUCACCCGGGCCUGCCCACACGUCUGCUGCUCCCACACCCGCUGGUGAGCCCUUCGCCAGACAGACGCCACAGGCUCAGCAACUGCAGCCGUUGGCUCUGCAACCACAGCAGGGCCCUGGCCCAGCUGGGCAGGUUCCAGUGCCAGUGCCUUCACAACCGGAGGCAGGUUGGAGCAAGUUCCAGGACAGUUACCUCACCUUCCUAAGUGCCCCUGGUGGGAGUUCUCGGCGCGGCAGACAGUCUCAGGUGCAGUCACCGGUUCCCCCUGUGUCUUCACAACCUCAACAACCACCACAACAACCACCACCAACGCAACCACCACCUCAUGCUCCAGUGCUCUCAGUUGUACCACCACCUGUUGUGCCACCAAUGGUGCCUGAAGAGACACCAAGUACAAUUACUACGUCACCAGCUGCUCCAAUACUUGAUAAGAAACCUGCUACAGAUGUAAUGACAUUGAUGCCAGAAGAAAAGGACCGCGCUGCACCUUCCCCUUAUUGUGAUUUCUGUCUUGGUGAUGCCCAGGAGAAUAAGAAGACUGGGCAUUCAGAGGAACUGGUGUCCUGUUCAGACUGUGGACGCUCAGGUCACCCAACCUGUCUGCAGUUCACACCUAACAUGAUCAUUUCAGUGCGGAAAUACAGAUGGCAAUGUAUCGAAUGUAAAUGCUGUUCAAUUUGUGGAAAUUCAGACAAUGAUGACCAGUUACUUUUCUGUGAUGAUUGUGACCGAGGGUACCACAUGUACUGCCUAGCGCCACCACUUGCCACACCUCCAGAGGGGUCUUGGAGUUGCCGUCUGUGUCUUGUGGAGUUUCAUAAAAAAUAAUUUCUAUCAGAUUUAUUAUCACACACACUCAGGAAAUAUUUCAUUGCAUGUAAUUCUUUUCUGGUACUUAAGUGAAUGAGGUUUUAGUGUAAACUUUCAGCUUGUAUUGUGUAUUAAUACAUCAACAAGUCACACCAGCAUCACGUGUUUGGUAGCUGAUUGAAAGUAUUUCUAUUAUAAAUGUUUGAUGUUCUACUACUACUUUUGCAAUAGUAGUUCAUAGUACUGAAUAUGUCUUUCAUAGCUCUUUAAAAAAAGUUGAUAUUGUAUUUUGGCAUUAUGAAGGGACAGGUUAUAACUGUUAAUGUGUUCCCAUGACAUAUUAUUCAGCAUGACAAUUUGUGACUUUGACUUAGACAAUAGGCAUAGAGCUGUAACUUUUAUGCUCACUGUGAUUUUCUUUUUCUAUCAUUGAAUCUUAUAAAGAUAAAUGUUUCUAGGUAUUACUUAUUAAUAAAACUUCUGUAAUUACCCGAGUUAUGAGAAUAAUUUUUCUAUUAGAGGAAUGACUUAUCAAACAAAAAGAUAAAGGAAAACAUUUCAAACUUAUGGCUGAAGUGAGCUUUAAAAGACUGUAUGCUGGGCUCUGAAAGCCUGAGGAUUGGUUUUAUCUGUUGUUUGCUCCUGCCUCUGGAUUGUAUUUUCUAUCCUUAAUAAUUAUCGCCUUCACAAUGAGGUUCAGUCAAGCGUAUAAUUCAAAAACAUCACUCAUAAUGUAAAACUUAGUUAUUUCCACUUCUUAUUAUUCAUUUUGUACAUUUUCAUUAUGGGUUUAUUCUCAGUAUCAAAAAUUCUUGUUAAUCACUCUUGCUCAUUUUCCUUAAUUUCUACUUCUUUGCUUCAUUAUUAUGUUAUAUAGUUACCCUGUAUUACUCUGUAAAUUCCCAUAUGCUGAAACAUUUAGUGAGUAUACUUUAGUUUUAGAUGUCAGAUUUACUGUGAAUGCUAAGAAGUGAAACUUUGGAACUACCAUAUGAAUUGUAUGAAAAUAACGGUUCACAUUAGCCCACAUUCUGUUUUUGUACUUUCCCCUCCACACAAAUAGAAUUUGGUUCUGAAGAAAGAAGACAAGGUUUUAUAAACUCUUCUUCAUUUUCUUUGGGUAAUGUUUUUUGUGUUUAAUGGAGUUUGUGCUUCCUAUUUAAAUCAUUUUCUCUCCAUUCUAAUUUGAUAUUUAGUAGCUGCUUGGAGACCAUUUAAUUUCAAGUGGCACUCUAUCCAAGCUAAUGUUGGUAAAACCAAUAAAGUUCACCAGGUUGCAAAAGAAGUGUCUAUUGUUUGUACAACAUUGAAUUUGGAGAACAUAUAGUCACAUGCUAUACAGGAAAUGGAAAACUACUUAAAACCUAGUCCCAUCUCAUGAUUAUGCCAGGUGUUUUGCCAGUUCCAAGUCAUCAUUUUUGUACUGCGUGUGAUGAGCGUUUUCAAUGAAGCUAUCAGGUACUUAAUGCACUCAGUGAUUCUAGUUUGUGUUUAUGUCAUUAGUCAUUUGUGUAAAUAUUUUGAAAAUGUAUAGCAUUUGAAAAAAAAAAAUUGCAUUAUUUACGAACAGUAGGCAAAUAUUGUCUUUUGAAACCAGAUAUUUUUAUAAGUGCAUGCUUUAAUUUAAUGUAAAAAUUUAUUACACAAUAUAUAAUAUGGUGUGGCAGCUAUUGUAAGUUGAAUGUACUUAAAACUUAAUUCUUAUACAAUAUUGUCUGACUAGUAUAGGAAAAUUAAAUUCUGUGUAUGGUGUUUCAGUAUUUUCAGUGCCUAAUGAUAGAGCUAUUUUGAAAAAAUAAAUGCUUAUUGUGAAUCUGUUAGUUAAGUUAGUUGAUUAUAUUGUAUUCACCAACUAUCUGUGAGAACAACUGAAGCUUGCUACGACAAAAUAAAAUGUAAAUUAUAGAAGCAGAUUCUUUUUCAAGUGUGAAUUGAUGCUGUGACUGAAGAGUCACACAGAGAUUUGUUUUAAAACAAAAUGCUACUCAGAUUGUAACAGAAAUGAUGAUCAAAUUCAAACAUGGUGAUUUUGCCAUACCUACAGUGUCAAAACAUCUUGCCUGAAUAUAAUUUUUCAGCUGUGUCCACCAAAGUGCAAAUGUGGCACACAGAUACAAGAUGAAAAUAAUGGGGAGUGUGUGUAAAUGGAAAGUAGCAAUAGGCUACUGAAAGAAAAUAUGAAAAUAAUGGGCAGUGUGUAUAAAUGGAAAGUAGUGAUAAGCUCAUGAAAGAAAAUAAUUAUGAAAGGACUUGGAGAAGAUAUGCCCACACACACACACACACACACACACACACACACACACACACACACACACACACACAACUAAAAGGAUGAU